AUGUGUGACCCAAACGGCGUCAGUGUGGCGAGAAGGUCUGCCCCGGAUGCUGCCGCCCCAGCUGGAGCCCCAGGCGCUCCUGGAGCCCCCGGUGCAGAUGGUGCUCCAGCCGGCGGACCCCCUGCCCCACCUAACACCACCAGCAACCGCAGGCUACAACAAACACAGGCCCAGGUGGAAGAGGUGGUGGACAUCAUGAGGGUGAAUGUGGACAAGGUACUGGAGAGGGAUCAGAAGCUCUCAGAGCUGGAUGACAGGGCAGAUGCCCUCCAGGCCGGAGCCUCCCAGUUUGAGAGCUGUGCAGCCAAGCUGAAGAACAAGUACUGGUGGAAGAACUGCAAGAUGAUGAUUAUGAUGGGUAUCAUCGGAGUGAUCGUGGUUGGAAUAAUAUUCCGUGAGUAG